CCCUGCCCCUCCCACUCCUGCCACUGAGAGACUUGAAAACCGACAGCGAAUUUCAUGACGAAGUCGUUUAACUGUCCCGUUUUUUUCCCUUCGCCGCCUUUGCCACCAACAUGUAACCCUCCAUUACUUGUCGUGGCGUCAACUUUGUGCUACACGGUAAACUUUUUCGUGUACGCCGUCCUAAUGUCAUGCUAGCACGCUUUUUAUUUACCUUUAUUAGCUCGUUAGCUGUGAAAGUUAGCGAAGAAGUGCAAGACAACGUCUUAAACGCUAAAGCCUCGGCGAAUCUCAAAGCAAGCCUUCUGAGAAGAUGGACGUGUAACUAACUCAAAAGAACAAGACCCACCGUCGCUCACACAGCUCAGUAGCAGGAGAGGAGGACAAUCCAGCCUGGAAAAGUGGUGUCAUGAUUGCGGAGGCAGAGGGGAAAGGACCCCCGCCUGCAGAGGCUAACAAAACCGACUCCGCGGCGGGAUACAUGUCGUGUAAUGCUCAGCCAGUACAAAGUGGGGCCCCAACACAGCCCGCUGCCUCCACCACCACUGAGGAGGAGGAUGAAAGUGAAGAUGAGUCUGACAUCCUGGAGGAGAGUCCCUGUGGCCGUUGGCAGAAGCGCAGAGAAGAGGUGAAUCAGCGAAAUGUUCCCGGGAUAGACACAGCAUACUUAGCCAUGGAUACCGAGGAAGGGGUGGAGGUGGUGUGGAAUGAAGUCAUGUUCUCAGAGAGGAAGAACUUCAAGCUGCUGGAGGAGAAAGUGAAGGCUGUUUUUGAUAACCUAAUCCAUUUGGAGCAUGCAAAUAUUGUCAAGUUUCACAAAUACUGGAUUGACACCAAGGAGAACCGAGCUCGGGUGAUUUUUAUUACUGAGUACAUGUCAUCAGGAAGCUUGAAGCAGUUUCUGAAGAAGACCAAAAAGAAUCACAAAGCUAUGAAUGAAAAGGCUUGGAAGAGAUGGUGCACGCAGAUCCUGUCAGCUCUUAGUUAUCUCCACUCAUGUGAUCCCCCCAUCAUCCAUGGCAACCUGACCUGUGACACCAUCUUCAUCCAGCACAAUGGCCUCAUCAAGAUCGGAUCGGUUGGUCCAGACACCAUCAACAACCAUGUGAAGACAUGCCAUGAGGAACAGAAGAACUUGCAUUUCUUUGCCCCGGAAUAUGGAGCUGUCACUGACGUGAGCACAGCUGUAGACAUCUACUCAUUCGGCAUGUGUGCCCUCGAGAUGGCUCUUUCGGAGAUCCAGGGAAACGGGGAGUCGUCAUAUGUGUCCGAGGAUGCUGUCAAUACUGCCAUACAGCUGCUGGAGGACCCUCUACAGAGGGAGCUAAUUCAGAAGUGUCUGGAUUGUGAUCCAUGUACGAGGCCCACCGCCCAAGAGCUGCUCUUUCACCAGGCUCUGUUUGAAGUGCCACUACUGAAGCUGCUUGCUGCUCACUGUAUUGUCAGCCACCAAUACAUGAUCCCAGAGAACGCCCUGGAGGAAAUAACCAAAAACUUGGACCCUAAUCUCAUUAUCGCUGACAAGAAAGAUGAUGUUCAGCUCAAACUCUCACAGUUUCCCGCCUUGGAACUCGAUAAGUUCCUGGAGGAUGUUCGAAACGGGAUUUAUCCCCUAACGGCGUUUGGCCGUUCCUCUCCGAAGCAGCCCCGACAGCAGAAUGUUAAAUCUCUCGUUGUCGUUCCUUUGGUCAAGUCCCCCACGCCUGAGCCUGUGGAGCUGGAGACGCGGCGGGUCAUUCAUAUGCAGUGCAAUGUUGAACUGAUUGAAGAGGGACCCAAAUAUCAUCUGACAUUGCUGCUGAAGCUGGAGGACAAGCUGAACAGACAUCUAAGCUGUGACAUGUUACCUCAAGAAAAUAUUCACGAUUUGGCUGGUGAAUUGGUGCAACUGGGCUUCAUCUGUGAGAUGGACCAAACCAAAAUAGCCUCACUCCUUCAGGAAAGCUUCAGUCAAGCGCUUAACUAGCACCAGGUGCUACACGAUAUUUUCCCUUUACAAGCACUCACCAUGCUGGAUUCCUGAAAUUGAAUGUGACCAAAAAAAGCCUAUGUUUCUGUUACAUCAAGGAUGAACCCCACAAGUGCAUUUAAUUGAUACCAAAUGAGCUACGCCGUGCCUAUCUGCAACGUCAAUUCACAUGAUGCACCCUGUUGAUUGAUUCUCAUUGAUCUUUUUACAUGACAACACAUUCCCAGCUCUUAGACCAUCCUGUCAGGUUCAAUAUAAAGUAUUAGUCUCACAACUGUAGUGUGGAAAGCAACAAGCAUUAAUGCCUGAAUGCUUAGUUGUUCAGCAGGCCUUUGGAACAAGAGCACGAUUCUGUUUGUCGCGCGUGUGCUGCCGAUCUUGCCGAGUAUCUGUAAACUGUUACUGUGAGGGGCUGUGAACUCAGUGUUAUGUUUUUCUCUUGCUCUUUGUUUUUAUAUGUCCUUCCACUUUAAAAAAAAAACGUCUCAUCUCAAUUCACGUCUUUUGUCUUAUUUGUUGUUUUACCAGUUUUACCUAGAGUACUUUUUUCGCCUGUGCCUUUUACACUGAUAUCAGCUGCCAGAUACUGGUGUUAAAAAAAGGCUUUUCCUAAUGUACGCCCAUUUUCAGGAGGUAGUUCCACACAUUUGAUGUGUUACAGAUAUUGUGUAGAAUGUGUGUUUCUCUUUCACAUAGUAUGCUUUGACACCAUCAUGGUAAGUGUCUGUGGCACUUUGUAAACUCUAUUGGCGUUUGCCCUUAUUUUUCAUUUCAUGGCAGGGACACGAGUCGAAUCACAAUUUGGAUCCAUUUGUUGCCUCCAAUUUUUUUCCAUGGUGCUUAGUCUCAUCAGAGGCAGUAAGAACACAGAAAAUAGUUCAGCCAUUACCUCCAAAGUCCUAACAAUCCAUUGUUUUAAUGAUCUCAAAUUUAUCAUUUGAAUUAUGGUGCAGAGUCAACUGUACUCUUCUGUUGAAACAAAACUAAUAUACUAUAUGUAGUCUCCCUUAACUUUGAGACACAAAAUGUAUUUUGUGUUCUUUUUACUACCAUUCUUGUCUUUUUGUUGAGUUAGCCAUAAUGUACUGGGGAGCAGACUGUAGAGGAAAAACCGACCAUGUUGCUAUUUUGCACAAGAGUAUGCGCUUCCACAGGCCAAUAAGUAAAGUGGUGUGGGUCCGGGUUGUCAUUGUUCCCGCUAAAGAGUUCCUUUCCAGUGCACAUUCCAAUAUUCUUUUAUUAUUAGCAAUAUCGUUCUGUAUAAGCACCAGUGGUACCCUCCUGUGGUGGCAAUGCUCAAAAUUCAACCCCAAAAAAGUGUCCUUCUUACUGAGCUCAAGUUUCUGGAUGAAUCCACCUCCCAAGUUUUAAUGUGAGGCAUAUUCCCCCAGAAAAUGUUGGUCGAAUACCAAACACUUUUAUAGAGUACCGGUAAGUGUUCAAAAAGAUGAACCUGUCCAACAACACUAUUAAUGAAUCACGCGUACUUCAAUUCAUUUUGUUACGUAAUCUUUCUCAGUGUGGAGUCAUGGUGUUCACCUGGGAAUUGUUUUCCCUCCAAAUGUUGUUGCAUUUGGGUUUUGUGUAUGUCAAGACCGUCACUCUGUUGUUGUUUUUUUCUACGAAGUGCAACUUGACAGAAUGUGCAAAUGAUGACUGCUCUUUCAAAUAAAUGUGUGAAAAGCUUC